AUGGCUAACUUUGGUCUCUCUGAACAUCAACAAAUAUUGGAAAAAAUUUGCCGAAUUUGUGGAGAGCGAUUGAAGAAGGCAAAAGAUAAGUAUGAGAACAGUUUUCUUUGCGCUGAUAAGACGGAGAUUAUUUUCACAGCCUUUGGUGUCAAAGUUCGUAAAGAUGACCUUGACAUGUGCCCUCCUAAGUUCUGCCACAAGUGUUACAAGCUUGCUUUAAGAGGAGGCACACGCCUUGCAAUCAAUGUGUGGCCUCCACACAAACGCACUGGAAACUGUAAGAUCUGCAGUUUCUUUAAGGAUCAACAGAAACCUGGUAGGAAGAAGAAGACUAAACCUGGAAUAAAACCCAGAGAGGACUCAGCUGAACCCAAGCAACAAGUGGAAAUGGUGGAAGGAAUGUCUGGCACUUUAAGCUUCCAACCUGACCCAGCCUCACUCUCAUUCUCUGAGGAGGUAAAGAAUCUACAAAGCUUUAGAGGAUCAGAACCUCUUUACCCAGAACAGUUUGUUGAAAACAUCAAGCAUGAGUAUAUGUGCCCAAUUUGCAAAGAGGUACUUGAUCAACCAGUCCAGACAAAAUGUCAAACUCCACACAUAUUUUGUGCUAGUUGCUUAUCAUUUUCUUUCGAAAUGUGUGGAUCCCUUUGCCCAAUGUGCCGAACUGUCAUUGUAAAUCCUAAUGAGUUCAUUGAGCCAGCCCCUUUUGUUCUUCGCACCAUACUUUCAGAGUUAGAUUUUCGAUGUCCUACCUGUAAACACACAGUAAAACUUCACCAACUACCUCAGCAUCAAGAAUGUUGCAUUCAAAGCCCUACAACCACUAUGAACUCAAAACCCAUGAACAUCUUGUGA